AGUGUUCGGCUCCGUAUCCAUCUCCUUGUAAUAUUGCGCUAUGGAAUUUCACCAACCGGAAUGGUUGGGCAAUGUCGAAGAGCCCCAGCAGCAACCCCCAGCGUUCCUUCGCCUCGUUGUCAAGGACUCACCAAUUGUGCCCAAGGGUUCAGUGACGGUUAUUGACUCAUGCUCCACCGACUCCGUGUCGAUUGGGAGAGACAGGCUGCGAACGGGUCCUCGGCUACGAUUGAAGGAAUUGGUUGUUUCCAAGCACCAUGCCUCGAUCUUCUGGGGCGGUGAUUUCUGGGCUGUCGUUGACAACGGGUCUAUGUACGGAACGUUCAUCUGCCCGUCCGAUAGUGGUAGUUCCAGCCGAACACUCGUCAGCGAUGAGCAUCGCCUUUCUGAGACAAAGAAGGCUAGCUUGCCCAGGAGAAUUUCCCAUCUAGACCUGCUAAGGAUAGGAAACACAAUUUUUGUUAUCCACGCACAUGAACUCCCUUCGAUCCCUUGUUCUUCUUGCUCUUUGGAAUCAUGCCCUUCCGAACUUACGCUAUGGGACAAUAGCGUACCUUCCUCUGAUUUUCCUAACGGACGAAACGAAAUUAUCUCUCCGUUACAUCAUUCCGCAUCACAACGUAAACGAUCCAAGGAGGGCCCUCAAGCCGCGUUGUCGCAUCUCAAAAUUGCAUUGCUAGCUAAAAAUUCGUAUUCAAAAAAUGGAAGGGAAGAGGGCUUGAAAGCGGAUACAGCGCUUACGUACGCUGACCGAUCCGCUCAGCGAAGGUCCUUGCACCCGGGCAGAUUACCUUCGCCUCCACGACCUCCACAAUCGCUUCUCCAGCCCUCUCGCAAUCCCGCCUCGCAAAAGCGGCACCAUUUAUACGACAUCCCUACAUAUCGUCCUCGCGCAUUUCCCGGACAAGGAGACAUCACCCACAGGGACAAAGACAGGGGUGAGGAUGUGUCAUCUUCGAAAAUCAGCAACCUUCCUGGUGCAUAUCUCACGGCAGCGACUCCAAUUUCGUUCGAGAACCCAGGGCAUAGGCUUCUUCUCAAACAAGGCUGGACUCCUGGGACAGCACUGGGUUCUCAGAAGGAGGGAUUCCUUCCUGGUGAGAGUGUGCAUGAGGAACCACAUACGUUGGUGCAACGCUUGAGGCUGGUGGAGCCACUGAAGCAGGUAUACCAGUCGGGCAGAUCCGGGCUUGGGUUUGGGGCCGGCAGGGAGUGAUUCGGUUCACAUAGGAUGCGUCAUUCUCCGUUGAUGCUCAGGUGUUCCCUUCACAUAUGCAAGGGUGGCGCACCUCAUGGGAGCAGCUUUUCUGCGGCAGGAGGAUGGAAGACGAGACGUCACAUAU